AUAAUCAGGAAGUUAUUUAAAGACCUCGACAACACGCUGAUUUGUUUUGACACCGGACAGAGGGAAGAAGACAGGAGCUGUGGAGAGAUAGCUGAAAGACACGGCGUCUUCAGUUGUUUACCUGAAACUAAAAUGUGCACAUGUGUCCGACUAUGGCUUCUCCUCCUGGUUCUUCACACACUGACCCUCGCUGCUGUCGCGAGAAGAGAGAGGAGAAAUGUCCUCUUCAUUAUGGCAGAUGAUUUGCGGACAUCAUUGGGCUGCUACGGAGACUCUGUGGUAAAAUCACCAAACAUUGACCAGCUGGCUUCCAAAAGCCAAGUUUUUCUGAAUGCAUAUGCACAGCAAGCUGUGUGUGCUCCCAGUCGUACAUCCAUGUUAACUAGUCGCAGACCAGAUACAACCAGGCUCUAUGACUUCAAAUCCUACUGGAGAGUCCAUUCUGGAAACUACACCACUCUGCCACAGUACUUUAAAUCUAGAGGAUACUUCACCACGUCUGUGGGCAAGGUGUUUCACCCAGGUAUCGCCUCUAACCACUCCGAUGACUACCCGUACAGCUGGUCCAUCCCUGCCUACCACCCAGCUUCAUUUCGAUUUGAGAAACAAAAGAUGUGUAAAGGAGAAGACGGUGAACUCCACGCCAACUUAUUGUGUGCAGUGAAUGUGACAGAGCAGCCUGGGGGAACCCUACCUGACCUGGAGUCCACAGAUGAGGCAGUGAGGUUACUGAAGACUUUGGCCAAUGACGAUGUUCCUUUCUUCUUAGCCAUUGGCUUUCACAAACCACACAUACCCUUCAGGAUACCACAGGAGUACCUGAGCCUGUAUCCCAUAGACCAAAUGACCUUGGCUCCUGACCCUGAUGUCCCUAAAUCCCUUCCUCCUGUGGCCUACAACCCCUGGAUGGAUGUGAGAAAGAGAGAUGAUGUCCAAAAAUUAAACAUUAGCUUUCCAUAUGGACCAAUGCCGAAAGACUUCCAGCUGCGUGUCCGUCAGCACUACUAUGCUGCUGUGUCAUAUAUGGACGCUCAGGUUGGACGACUGCUCAGUGCUCUGGAUGAGCUCGGGCUGGCUGACAACACUAUGGCGGUGUUCACCUCAGAUCAUGGUUGGUCGUUAGGAGAACACGGUGAAUGGGCUAAAUACUCAAAUUUUGAUGUGGCGACACGUGUCCCUCUUAUCUUUUACGUUCCUGGUGUCACCACACUUCAUGAUUGGCUGGGAGAGUCUGCUUUCCCCUUUAUUGAUGUCUUAACCAAAUCAAACUACAGCUUUCAGAAUGCCAGAGUUAUAAGAAACGUGGUGGAGUUGGUGGAUGUUUUUCCUACAGUCUCCUACAUGGCCGGCCUCAGAGCACCUGAACCUUGUGCUGAUGUUUCUUUCCAGGAGGAGCUGUGUACAGAGGGAGACAACCUGGCCCACACUUUCCGACACAGAGAAAGGGGAGAGGAUGAGGAGGCGAUAUCUUUUAGCCAGUACCCUCGACCUGCUGAUGCACCACAGGUGAACUCUGACCUCCCUGACCUUAAAGACAUAAAGGUCAUGGGUUACUCUCUACGCUCCUGGGACUAUAGAUACACUCUCUGGCUGGGAUUCAACCCUAAAACAUUUCAGGUAAAUGUUUCUGAUGUCCAUGCUGGAGAGCUGUACAUGUUAGCAGACGACCCCGGCCAGGACAAUAACAUCUACAGUGACUCUGAUCACAGUGUGAUGAUGAAGAAGAUGGCCAGUCUGCCUCAUACUGUGAGUCUGCAGAUGAGAAUGAAGCUGCAGCUCCUCUACCUCACAGCAGGGAUGAAAACGAAGAGAGGGAAGGCGUGAUGACGGGAAUAAAGUACAACAGAUGGACGGACAGGGACAAGUACAAAGGGAAGACAGACAGAUGGAUGGAAAACCUUAAAAAGGGAGAAUGCCUUGAAUCUUUCUUUUAAUAUAAUGCAUACUUGAUUCAGUAAUCUCUGGUAUCACCAUUAAUCUUUCAAGCUCAGCUCUUCAGGCUAAUGUUCCAUGUUCAGAGCUCAUUGGCAGACAGACCUGGAUUCAACACGAGCGAAGUGAAUAAAAAAAGCGCUUGUGCUGUUAGUUUGAAGACAUUUCACCCUUUGAUUUUUGACGAAGAGAAAAAUCCACACAUGUGCAGAAACUUGUGACUGGUUCAUCCUCCUCCGGCUAAACAGAACUUCCAGUGUUUUCAGUGACUGGCCUUUUUACACCUGCCAUUCACAUCUGUAAUUACUGACUUGCAUGGAGGAAAUGUCAGUCUGAUUUUGAAUGGCUCAAAUUUUAGGAGUAGGGGAGAUUUCUGAUUAUCUACGGUAGUUAAUAGAAUGGUUUGACAUUUUGGAAAAUACACUCAUUCGCUCUCUAUUCAAGAGUGAGAUGAGAAGAUUAAUAUCACUCACGUCUGUAUGCUAAAUAUGAAGCUAGAACCAACAGCUAGUUAGAUUAGCUUAGCAUAAAGAAAAAGCAGAAAAGUGAAAACAUGUCCAGUUUCUAGGAAAUUGCUACGCUUCUUUCAGCACGCAACUCCCUGAAAAUCAAAACAUUUACAUUUCAGCGCAGAUUUAUUUAACUGAUAACCAUAUUAAUUAGUAGAAUUUAGAGAUGGACAUCUUAAAUUUUGGACAGAGCCAUGCUAGCUGUUUCCCUCCUGGUUUGAGUCUUUAUGCAGAGCUAAUUGUUAGAUGGCUCAUAUUUAGCGUACACACGCUUUAGAUACGUGAUAUAGAUCCUCUAGUCUAACUGUCAAAUCUCAAUAAGGAAACCCAAAUUACCCAAAAUGUUGAACUGUUCCUUUAACUCAUCGAAUUCACAAGUGCACAGACGCCUGAGCAGCUGAACCACUUUCCAGGCAACUUUACAAAACAAACAUUAGGAUGCAUGGACUCUUGAUGGACAGCUCUGUUGGGCUGUGAGUUCACUACCUCCUCUGCGAGUUAUUACAUCACAUUUUACAAGCUGUUAUCUGAUGGGAAGACUUUUCAUCUGGAGGAAUAUUGAGGAAACCUGAGGAAUUAGCUCUUUUGAUUAAUAGCGACACCAGUUUCCCUUUUUGGAACGAGUGCUCUUCACUGGGCUAUUGAUCAUUCAGUCUGCUGCAGGUGUAGUCUCCACUUUGAACUACAACAGCUAAAAAGGACUUGCAGUUUUGUACUGUAGUGUUGAGCAAAAUGACAUUUCUAUUUGUUGUUGAUGUUACUUGCAGCUAUUUGCCUCUCUCCUUGUAAACAGUCAGUUCAGAUCAAUUUGUGGGCCUGAAAUGAAGUGUGUAAAAGCUACCCAUACUAAUUCAAUGCAAAUGAAACUGAGUAUUUUAGUGCUGUUCCAAUGCAUGAACAUUUCGUGCUGUGGUAAUUUAGAAGAAAGCAAUUUCAGCUUGAAUUCCAGGUUCAGCAAUGAAUCAAAGGGAUUUGGUUUGACAACUUUUAUUGUAGGCUGCUCUGGCUUCAUGUUAAUGGGAUACAGUUGAAUCGUGUAAUCAGUGGGGCUCUAUCAUAUGUCAGGAUGCUGAAGGAAAGAAAUGUUUCCUGUCAUCAAAUGGUGCAAAUCAUCAUUCAGAGAAUUUUAUUUCCUUCCAGGUUGGCUUCAUUGCAUUUGUGGCAGUUUUUCCAGUGCUUUGCUUUUGUUCCUGUGUCCUCUAACAUACCAAUGUCUCGAAAAAUGAAUAUAAUCAGUAUGAUGUAUUGUCCAUACAGAUACUGACCAUGGAGAAAUGAAGUUGAACCUUCCUUGAGUUUGUUUGCGUCAGAGCAUCCGUCAGCUUGAGCUCCAGCUUUCUGAAGGGAAAAUAAAAAAUAAAUGCUGUAGAAAUAAUUCAACUCUUGAGCUUGGCAAGGACACGUUAAUAUAUUUGUCAGUUUUGAUUGGUUUGUAAUAAAAUAUUUUUGUACAAUGCACACAGAAAAA